AUGGGCAACUUCAGUGCUGUCUCUGAGUUCAUCCUUCUUGGGCUGUCUGCCGAUGCUGAGGUCCAAGCCGCGCUCUUUGUGGUUUUCCUUGUGGUCUAUGUCCUGACCCUGACGGGGAACUCCGUGAUUCUGCUAGUGAUAAUGGCUGACGCUCACCUCCGUUCCCCGAUGUACUUUUUUCUGGGUCACCUCUCCUUCGUGGAUCUUUUGUAUUCGUCGGUCUCUGUGCCCAAGAUGCUAGAAAAUCUAGUGUCUGAGACAAAAACCAUCCCCGUGAAGGCCUGCCUGGCCCAGGCCUUCUUUGUGUAUGCCAUUGGAGGCACCGAGGCUCUGCUCCUUGCAGUCAUGGCCUACGACCGUUACGCAGCCAUUUGUCACCCUCUACUCUAUGGCCAGAUGAUGAGCAGCCAGCUGUGUGAGGGACUUGUGUGGGGAUCCUGGGGCCUGGCCAUACUGAGCUCACUCAUUAACACCCUCCUAGCUAUGAAGUUGGACUUCUGUGACUAUGGAGCCAUACACAACUACAACUGUGAGAUCCCGUCCCUCUUCCCUCUGUCUUGCUCUGACGUUUCCACUAACGCCACUGUCUUGCUCUGGUCUUUUGUUCUACAUGCCUCUGGAACCUUUCUUCUGGUUUUAUCUUCCUAUGGUUGCAUUUUCUCCGCUAUCCUGAACAUGCGCUCCACCACGGGCAGAAGCAAGGCCUUCUCCACCUGUUCCUCCCACCUCACUAUAGUGAUCUUGUACUUCGGCUCAGCCUGCCUGCGCUACACCAUGCCCACCUCGGGUUCUCCCGUGGAAAUAAUCUUCUCUCUACAGUACAGUGUCAUCACCCCCAUGCUGAACCCCCUCAUCUACAGCCUGAAGAACAAGGAGGUGAUGGCAGCUGUCAGAAAAAUGCUUGGAAAAUGCUGCCAGCAUUUUGAGUAA